CAGGUUAAGGAUUAAUCUUUGUCGCAGUAAGCCGUAGCUAAUGCAGCCAUGGAUUCCAGAUGUAUGGAAAUAGCUGCCCUGGGAAGACCUCUGUAUCCUGGCAUGUUGUAUGAUUGCCGGAGCGACUUCUUUAUUCCAGGUGUUACUUUAUGGGAUAAAAAUGCAUUGAGUGAUGACCUUGAUGUGCAUCAGAAGCCUAAAACACAUCUGAAAUUUGCAGCCUCUGAUAGUCUCAGUGAUAAGGCAAACCUCCUAGACAUAAGCGCUUCCCUUAAAGCCAGUUUCUUAUGUGGAUUGGUGGAGGUUGAAGGAUCGGCCAAGUACCUGCAAGAUACCAGAUCUUCAGCACAUCAGUCCAGAGUUACUAUGCAGUACAGCCAGACAACAACAUUUGAACAGCUCACUAUGAAAGAGCUCAGUAAUAUCACCUACCCACAAGUAUUUGAUCACAAAACAGCCACUCAUGUAGUUACAGCUGUACUGUAUGGAGCUCAGGUUUUCAUGGUGUUUGAUUAUAAGAGUACAGAAAAUGAGUGCAAACAGAAAAUUGAAGGAAACCUUCAUGCAGUGGUCAAGAAAAUCCCUGUCAUUUCCAUUGAGGGGCAAGCAUCGCUUAACAUGACUGAAGAUGAAAAAAAAAUGGCUGAGAAUAUUAGUGUCACAUUUUAUGGUGACAUUAAACUUCAAGAAAACCCCACCACAUAUAAGGAUGCCCUGGAAGUGUACAAGAAGGUGCCUGAUCUGAUGAAGCAACAAGGUAAAGGUGUACCUCUGACAGUGUGGCUGUAUCCUCUCAAUCUUUUGGACGAUAAGGCUGCAAAGUUGGUGAGAGAAAUCAAUUUGAGCCUGUUGUGUGAAACAGAAAGUUGGCUGGAGGAACUCUGUGAAAUGGAGAGAAUAUGCAAUGAUUUGAUCAAAAGACAAAUAACAGAUGAUUUCCCUGAUCUAAAAGACAGGUUGCUAAAGUUUCAGGCAUUACACAGAAAUUAUACAAGUUUGUUAAAGAAGGCACUAUGCAGAGUGCUGCCAGCUAUUCGUGCUGGGACACAAGAGGACAAGGCACUGGGGGACAUCCUGAGCAUCCAUUACACACCACCCUUCAAUAUAAGCAUCAUGAACAAAUGGCUAGAUGACAUUACAACUGAAUUAAAUAUUCUGAGCUCCUAUACAGUUGGGUUAAAGGACAUCACAGUUGUGAAAUCAUCAGGGUCACUCAAUUCCAUCUGUUUUCAUCCUGAUGUUGAUGUGGUGGUAUGUUUGUCAUUUACAUCUCUAAAUCAUGAUGACUCCUACCUAGCAGCUCUACAGGACUUUGUCAAAUCUGAAGGAUUUACAAUGUUGGGGCAAACAAGUGAGAGAGAUUCCAUUCUCCAAGCAGCACAGCCUUGGUUCAUUUCUCCUGACAUUUCUGCAAUCAUGAAGCAGAAUCUUUCUCUCUUUACCUCUUUUUUAAAUGCCAAUAAAAAUGAGAAGAGAAUCAAAUUCAUCAUUGCCUCCAUAUCUGAUCCCAGCAAUCCAGGAUCCUCCAUCCAACUUUAUCAGAAUGGUUCUCUGACAGAUCCUAGUUUCCAGCCUGUAUCCAAACCUCCCAAACCUGAAGUGGAGACCAGUGAUGGGAAAGUCACCCUGAAGCUUUCAAAAUCCCCAACUGGAGAGACUUUACACUUCAGAGUUGAGUACAGGAUGACACCUUCAAAUGAUUCAGCAGCUGAUGUUGAGGAAUGGACAGUCAUAGACACGUCAAAUGCACAGAACACCUUCACAUUGACUGGACUAAAGCCAACAGAACAAUACUGGGUCCGAUACAGAGCUGUUAGUGAUGUGGGAGUGAGUGAAGCCAGCGACUCUGUCCCCUUCACCUUUCAAGGGAAGCUCACUGUCACAGUAGACCAAUGGAACUUCUCUAUACCCAAACUCAUUAAUGAACUCAGGACUGAAAUAAUGACCACUAUCGGCAUGUCACGAUGGUCUCCAUCUACUAUCAAGUCAGAGGUUACAAAUAUUGUCAACAAACCUAUCAUUCCUUACACCGGGGGAAUCCCUGGAGGACUGAGAGAAGGAAUGGCUUUGUACCUCCAAGGGGUUGUUUUGGCAAACAGUUUAUGGGGUUUGAAUUUUCCAACCAACUUGAAAUUUUCAACUGAUUACAAUGGCGAUUGCAUCCGUUUUAAUUUCAGUUUUUGGCCACUUGAUUUAUUCAUUCGACGUGCUUGCCAUACCUGUAGAUUGACCAAAGGAUCAGCCUUUGACAUGUUUUUUGUGAGAAACACAGAAGGCUAUGAGAUGUAUGUGAAUGGGCAGAAGUGUCCGGAGCUCGUACCUCACAGACAAGUGGAGAAUAUAACUACACUUCAAAUUUCUGGACGUGUCAUAAUGAACACUGUUGGUAUUGUUGCAGUAAGUUUACACAGUCACCUUAGAAACUACAAUUCACAUACAAUCACUACUGCUCAUGCACAAGGUACAGCAAUUUAAAGCAGUAGCUGCAGAGCUCUCAAGUAUCACGC